CGCCGCGCGCCUCCCUUUCCGCCAUUGCAAUCUUUGUUUCCGGGAGGGGAGGGGAUGGAAGGGAAGGUUCCGUCCAGCGCAGGCCGCAGAGACAGAGAGCGCGAGGAACAGGGAGCUAGCUAGCAGAGCUAAUAAGAAAGAAACGAGCAGCAGCAGGGUCGGUGGCCAAGCAUGGAGCGCAGGAGGAGCCGGCACGCCUUGUUGCUCCUCUCGGCCGUCAUGGCGUCCCUCGUCACCGGCUCGACCGCCGGGAUAUACCACAUCGUCGGCGCCGGCAAAGGGUGGCGGAUGCCCCCCAACAGGACGUACUACGAGGACUGGGCGCGCACCAGGCAGAUCAGCAUAGGUGACAAGCUGAUGUUCCUGUACCGGAGCGGGGUGCACAACAUCGUGGAGGUGCCGACGCGGGAGCUGUUCGACGCGUGCAGCAUGCGCAACAUCACCAGCCGGUACCAGAGCGGGCCCACCAUCAUCGAGCUCACCGACCCCGGCGAGCGCUUCUACUUCUGCGGCGUCGGCGAGCACUGCGAGGCCGGCCAGAAGCUCGCCAUCAACGUGCUCCUCGUCCCGCCGCCGCCGCCGGACACGGACGACGACUGCUCCAGCGCCGCCCGCCUCCCGGGCCACGCGGGCGCGGGGCUCGCCGCCGCCUGCAUGUGCCUCGUGUCCGCGCUGCUGACAAUGGCGGUGUGAAUCGGCACGCUGCCGCCGUAGAUUAUUGGCGAUUGCUGGCUGACGGCGUUGCUUGCUGCUGCGUGUAAAUCAGUAACAGUUUAGGCGUGUCCAUUGAGCCAUUGUCUUCCCCAGCUAAUGGAAGGCGGAAAGCCGUGUCGAGGUACUCCCUCCGUUUCGUUUUAGUUGUCGCUGGAUAAUGCAAAAUUGAACUAUCGAGCGACAACUAAAAAGAAACUGAGGGAGUAACUGUUUGUCAGCACAGGAAGGAGGAUAGGAGGACGACAGCGGGAAAUCGGAAGUAAAAUCAGAGGUGAGGGAACCAUUAUGUAAAUUCAGAACUACUAGGUACCGUAAUCUAUAUUAACCGCAAAAAAGAUAACCAUUUACUACAAA